AUGGCCCGCGAAGUCCCACAAGAGAUCUGGUGGCUCGUCUGCCAGGACUUGAAACUGCAGCAAGACUUCAGGAGUCUCUUUCGUUGUGCUCUUGUAAACAGAAGCUGGGCCGGUCUUGCCCUGCCACUCUUGUAUAGCAUCCACGACUCUUCGAGUGUGGCCUCAGACGAUGUAGGCACAACGGAUCCCGGCAGGUGGGCGGGUAUGUGGCGCUCGAUCAUCGUGUCCAGUCUCGGCGUAACCGCGUAUCCGUACUGCCUCUGGAUCAGGUCGCUGGGACUCAGUGAUCUUGAGCAGCUCCUGCAGGGAAUCGCCCGUGACAGGAAAUGGAGAACCCUCUUCUUUAAGGGCCCCAUGAAGACGUUUGAGAUAAUCAGCGGAUCGACGAAAACCCGUCAAGGCAAACCGAUUGUUGAGUGGCAGAAGAUCAUCGAGCGUGUUGGUAACACCAUCACCCAGUUUGCACAGGAAGCCGCAGAGAAGCAGAACAAGUCCGUCCAGCUAGUUAGUCUUGAGGGUGCGAAUCUGCCGACCGACCUCCUUUCAGUUUGGGUAUCGAGAUUGUCAACUCUGACCACGCUUUCCAUCCGAGAUGGCUCGGUCCUAACAGCAGAGGUCGCUGAUUCUAUCCAUCGAAACUGUCCCUUCUUCAGAGACCUAACUUGUUUCAAUAUCAAGGGACCGACUGUUGACCAAAACAUGUCUGAAUUCUUCCGCGGUCUCCGAGAGAAUUCGCUGGAGAGUUUCAAGGUUCACAGCUCCAACGAGCUCGGGUACGAAGCUCUGGAUGGGCUCAUGCAACACUCGCGCUCACUUCGGUUGCUCAAUCUUUCGAGUCUUCAAAACACCUGUCUGGCGGCUCUCGAUACCUUGAGUCGAUGCCAAUACUUGGAAAACCUCAGCAUUGAAGCCAGCACGCCUUCGCUGCCGACCACUUGGGCAGUGAGUGGCGAGGAUCCUCUUCCCAAGGUUUCUGCUUGGUUGAAAGAGUGCAAAUCCUUGAAACGACUUGACAUCUCGAAUCUCGCAGGUGCGAGCAAGCUUCUCUCCGAAAUCUUGGAGUCGCCUGAUCUGCGUCUCACCGACUUAAGUUUGGGCCUGAUUGAUGACGAGGAAGCGUUUUACACCACUCUGGGCAAUCAGACAGCACUUGAGAGCCUGUCUCUACGUUCCAGUGCAGAAAUCGUCGAUCCAAACAGGGCGCGGCACGACAAGUUUAUUGAUUCUAUCUGCUUGUGCACAAGGCUCAAAGACCUCGACAUAAUGCAAAAGGUUGGAGGUAUUGAUCAGGUCCAACUUACCAUGGAAGACCUCGUGCUCAUCAAGACCUCGCUUCCCCAACUGGAAGACCUCAGCUUUGACGGCGAGUAUCUUACCGAUGCCCUUUUCGAGCCUCUCGCGCAAAUGGAACGUCUGAAAUCGGUCUCUAUCAAUGGCUCAUCGAUCUUUACUUUCGCCGGCAUCAAGUCUUUCAUCGAAGCGCUCAGGACGAGCGGCACACACAAGGGCUUCCGACUCUACGUCAUGAACCAAUAUGGUGAGGCUGAGAUUUCAGAACGGCAGCAAGAGCAGCUUGCCCAACUGAUGGCUGUUGGGCUCAACGGUGUCUUCGAACUGGCGUACUGGCGAAAUCCUUCCGAGGACGACAUGUCGGAUUUAUCCGACUAA